CAUUAAAAAACCCAGAGAGAGACUGAGCGGAAGCUUGAUCAGUGUCACGUCCGAUGCCGUCGACGCAAACUGCGGCGAGCGAAAUUUUCGCUGCUGCCCGAUCGUUCACCCACUAUGGUUCGGCUUUGCCACUUGAGACUUUUCUUACUCUUUUCCUUGAACGGCGUAGCGCUGGGCCACGGUGGGCACGGUGGUUAUAAAGGAAAAGGAGCGAAAUUAGAGAGCAAAAAGCCAUGCAACAACCAUAAGAUCAAUGUUGAUGUUUUGGAGUCGGACAAUGACUUCGACUUCCUGAACCAAUUGCUGCCCGUUUUCAACUUUGGAUUCGGCAAGGGGGCUUUCAAUAAGGGCAGGAGGGGCGGCUGCAGCUGCCAACUGACGACGCCCAGUCCUCGCGAGGUCUGUCCCAACAACGUCACCAUGAACGUGACCAACGGCCAACACGGCUGGUGGCGCGGCAUGGAGAUGCGGCGCUACCGCCCUAACAAGAAGAGCAUCAGUCUGAAGGAGGGGUGCCCGGUAAGGGUGCCCUUACCACCGUGUCCGGAGAAGCUCAAGGACAGACGGACGAGGAGGUCUCCGCACCAUGGCGGCGGCUUCAGAAAGGGCAACUACUUUAGGAGGGGCAACAAUGACGGCAGCAGCAGUGAGGAGGAUGACAAACGCUCCGCAGCCUCCAGGGGUAAAAUGUACAAAGGACCCAAUUCAAAUCAGAGGAGGUGCAUCGACCAGAAGUCCAAGGAGACCAAGGUAUACUACAUACAGGACGUUUCCACCGUGUUCAUGACGGCGACGGUCACUUCAAACGUGUACGUCACCAACAGCAGAGAUAUUGAAGAGAGAGAUGAGGAGGAGGAAGGAUCUUCAGUUCAGUUUUCAAUAAACACGUCACCCGUCGAAAGUAGUACUGGUGUAGUUUCAGGAAUUUUGCCUACUGGAAGUACUCAGUACACUUUCACCGAGACUUCAGGUGGCUUCAGUAACGGUCAGCAGGAUGACUGGUCGUUUGGUAGAAAAAGGUGGACUUCUAUGGACUCAGGUACUUAUUCCAGUGAAGCCUGGUCCUCGACCAGCAAGGGUCAGGGUGAGCUUCCCUCAUCUUCUGUUUUUAACCAAGUUUCCAGAGAUUCAUCGGGAACUAGGGGAUCAGAUUCAAAAUCGUCAUCCUCCAGCUCAAAAACAAACGGCAACCAAGGUUCUAACGAAGCCUGGUCUUCUACCAGGGGUCUGGAUGAGCUUUCCACUUCUUCUUCUUCUGUCAACCAAAAUGGCAGAGAAACUUCAAGAAGCAGAGAAUCAGAUGCAGUUUUAAGCUCAAAAACUACCUAUCAGGUUUCUAGUAGUUGGUCUUCCACCUAUUUAGUUGGAGGCGCUCAGGAUUCUGCCACAAGAGCCCCCUUCAGCACUGCCAUCAGUUCUGCUUUUUCUUCUUCAACCAGGAAGGAGAGUGAUUACUCAACUCAGAUUCAGCAAUCAAGCCAAUCUAGAGGAAACAAUAACGAUCGGGAAAAUUACGGGAGGAUUCCUGGAGGUGAAUCACAAACUGUGGAAGAAACUGAAGAAACUAUGCCUACAACAACGAGUAGUUACGCAAGAAGGGGUACAACUCGAAUAACAGUGACAUCGUCAACGACAAACAUAGAGUCUUCUUUCUCUCAAGCCAGUUCAACCAAAAGCUCGUCAGCAGAUAGGACUGACACCUCAAGAGUUGUAACUUCAUCAACCCAACCUUCUUCUUCCUCUUCAUCCAUAUCUUCAAGUGAUUCCCUAUCACCAACCAUAUCUUCAAUUUCUUCUCCGUCAUCUCCAACUACGUCAUCAACUGCUUUCACAUCGGCUGCAACCACAUCUUCAAUUGCUUCCACAUCACCUCCAGUCACAUUUUCAGUUGCUUCCUCAUCAUCUCCAACCACAUAUUCAUUUGUUUCCAAAUCAUCUCCAAUUGAUACCACAUCGGCUUCAACAUCAACAAUUACAACUCAGAGCUCUAAACGUGCAACAAAUAGAGAAACAGAUACAACACAGACUAGCACAAUAAGCUCUAGAUCAAGUUAUUUCGGACUGAUGGACAUUUUGGAGAAGGAAAAAAUUUCAAGCACGUCAAAAACCAGUCCAAGCGCUCAAACGACAGCCAGUAUCAGUGAUGCGCCUUCGGAAAUAACUUCUAGAUCUAGGUGGGAAGUGCAGACGACCUCAGAAAAGAAAACGAGUAAAGAAACAAUUGCUGUCACAGAAAGCCCAAAAUUGAAAAUUGAAACAACGCCAAAAAUAAGUCCGAUCGAGCUGGAAACGCGACCGGUGGUAUUUUCCACCGAAAAAGCUACACGCGAUUCCACGACCGCAGAAAUAAAAUCUGUAGCAAGGACGUUAACAACAACAAGGGCAACGGAUAAUGAUAAUAAUGAAUCGGUAAAAAGAGAGAGCACAGCAUUAAAAGUUGAAACCUCAGCGCGCACCGAAAGCACUAGAGCAAUUAGCGCGGCAGAAACUACUCAAAAAUCCAUUACGAGCGAGCCGGAAAUAACGCGGGCGCCCAGAACCACACCAGUUCCCAUUUCGCAAUCAGAAGCCACUCGCAGAUCUCGAUGGGAUUCGCAGGCGUCGACGCAGCAGGAGACAACAACAAGUUACAGUCGCGAGGACGCCGAGAAGAGGAAGUCGACAAUGGAGCAAUCUCGGGAGAAAAAUGAAAACUCGUCGUCAAGUGGCUCUUCCAACAAUAAUCUGGAGGCGCUCGUCAACGGCGGGCGGAAAAUCGAGCCGACGGAGAGCACUGGCCGAGAUUCGAAAGAGAGCGAGAGAAAGGAAAUUGCUCUCCAAGGCAACAACACGACUUUCGAUAAUAAACAGCAGACCGUAAUUCAGAAAAGCGGUGCAAAAAAUACGUCUACGGGUGAUGAUGUUGCUGACGCCGCCUCCGAGAACCGCAAGUACGUGUAUUACUUACUAUUCGGAAACAGCAACUGCAUGUGUAAUGAGAAAAACAACAAAACGGGCCUCAAUCAGACUGAACCGGAGCAGACAGACGCGCAGGGCGUCAGCUGGAAGCAGCAGGGUUUUCCCGACGGCGACGGCGGACAGUUUUACAUUGGUUACAAAGGGAAAAACGGCACUCAGGAGAGAGUCAGGGGUAGCAUUGUAGAGGUCAAAGUCAGCCAUGCCGACUUUAAUUGCACUUCCAUGUUUGCACCACUAUUCGGAAAUUAAAUUAGCUUAAAAUUAUUAUGAAAAAUGAUAAAAUAUAUCUUUCAG